AUGAUUAAGAAAAAUGACUUCGUUUUCACCAUUAUUUCAUGGUAUUUGGUGGCCACUGCCCUUCAAUUUUCUACAGUAGCUGGAGGAUCUCCAGGUGUCAUAUUUAUCAAAGGCGACCAAUUGGAAAAAUCAAGUACUACCUACUGGUCUUUCAAUGGAACAAGUGAAGCUAUUCCGGCAACGUAUCCCACUGCCAUGGAUUACUGGGAAUCGUUAUAUUCCAAGCAACUUAGUACGAAUUCAAGUCAUUAUACUUUAGUUGAUACUUGUGCUUAUAGGUAUUGUCAACUUGUUACGCUGGAUAUAAUUAAUGGAACUAUAAAAAAUUAUCAAGUCAAGACCCAGAACUACUUUAAAAACAUGACCGGUAAGACCUUUAGUAGCACAUACAUAAAACAUUAUAAGGAGAAUGAUUUUUUACAACUUACUCAUGAGAAGUAUGGUUUGAAUUGGAAAUUCUUCCCCCAGUAUUGCAAACAGGCUAUUUCGAACACCAUCUCAGUCAUUAGGAACAUAGUUGAGACAUUGUUAGUAAUUCUACAAAAUAGAAUGUAUUUUUCAGUUGACUAUAUUCUUAUAGACCUCUUUCCAUCCUGGACUAUUUUCGUGUCUCCUUUGUCGACUGGCAGUGAUCAUCACAUUGACAACAUCCUGGUAGACAAAAUAAAAUGUGCUGUUCGAAUUGCAUUGGAGUCAGUGCAUAAUAGUGGAAUAACAGGUUUCUCAUUACAUAUUGACCACGAUGACAUGUAUAAUAUGGACAUCCGGAUUAUGUCCAACACUUCGGGCGGUAUAUAUAAUCCUUGGGCCAUGCCCUGUGCUGAAAUUGGGGACGAUUGGACGUGGACGUCUAGCUGCUGGUAA